AUGUCACUGACUCUGGAUCAUGCCGGGAUAGCCUUCCUGAUGGUUCUGGUCGCUGGCUUUGCCACCUGCGUGGGCGCGAGCGCGGUCUUUUGCCAAUGCUGCGUGAAGUUGGCCAGCAAGCGCGUGCUGGCAGCCGGCCUGGCCUUCUCGGCGGGCAUCAUGCUCUAUGUCUCUUUCAUCGAGAUCUUCCAGAAGGCCAAGGGCGGUUUCGAGGCAGCAGGGCUCGCAGAGAAGCACGCGUACAUGGCCUCGACGCUCUGCACCUUUCUGGGGAUGCUCAUCAUGCGGCUCCUCAUCGCAGCCGCGAGGUGCCUGGACCCGGACCACGAGGACUUCGAGCUGGUGAUGCCCGGGUGCGAUGCCUCCCAGCCUUCCGCCACUGAGGGGACUGAGGCCCCUGCUGCGGACAUCAGGGAGAUCAGCAAGGAGGAGAAGAAGGGGCAGCAGGAGAAGCGGCUCCUCCGAAUGGGCUUAAACACGGCCCUGGCCAUCACCAUCCACAACUUCCCCGAGGGCCUAGCGGGCAUGGUGGCGGGGCUCAUAGACCCGACAGUGGGUUUCACCCUGACCUCGGCGAUUGCCAUCCACAACAUCCCGGAGGGACUCUGCAUCGCGCUGCCCAUCUACUACUCCACAGGAAGCCGUCUCAGGGGCUUCUUGCUUUCGGCGGCCGCUGGGUUAGCCGAGCCGGUCGGAGCGCUGAUCGCCUGGGGCAUCGUGGGCGCCAGCGGCGAGGACAUGCAUGGCACGAUCUAUGGCAUCCUCUUCGGCCUUGUUGCCGGAAUCAUGAUCAUGAUCGUCGCGCUUGAGCUCCUUCCGACAGCGCACCGCUUCGACCCGAAGGAUACUGUGGUGACGCAUGCCCUCGUGGCAGGGAUGCUGGUCAUGGCCACGUCCCUGGUCCUCUUCAUGGUGUGA